AUGGAUCAGAUGCACAAGCAAGGCUUUGAUCCAAACGAUAAUUCGACUGAUCUCACGACCCCUCAAGGAGUGGGUAAUGCAGCGGCAGCUGCUAUAAUUCUGUAUCGUAGUCAUGAUGGUGCCAACCAGCUCGGUGAUGAGGUGGGCUCUGACGGCGCACCUUAUUCUGAUUAUACCUUCUACCAACCGAUAAAUUCGGUGGCCAAGAUCAAUGAUCCGGAUCAUUGGCAACCCAUUGAAUUCGAUGAUCCCAAUGGAGGUAAAAUCACACUUGGCUUCAUUACACCCCAUUGGUAUCGUGUAAAGCCAUUCGCUCUCCAAAAGAGCGACCAGUUCCGUCCAGGACCGCCACCAAAAAUUAACUCAUCGCAGCUUCGCAUUGAAACGGAUGAGGUCAUCUCGUACAAUGCAAAUCUCACGACAACACAAAAAGCGAUUGUCGAGUACAUGCGAGACGGUCCAAACUCCACGGGACAAGCUGGACACUGGCUUCGUUUAGCCCAAAUGGUAUCAAGACGGGACAAAAAUGAUCUGGAUCGAGAUGUCAAGCUAUUCUUCUCGGUGGGGGUGACGGCAUUCGAUGCAUUUAUUGCAGCUUGGGAUUCAAAACGUGUCUACGAUUCCUCUCGGCCUUGGACGCUCGUACGACACUAUUAUGCGGGCAAUCAAGUAAAGGGCUGGCUUGGUCCCGGAAGAGGUGUUGCUACCGUAAGAGCCGAGGACUGGCAUCCAUAUUCACCGCUGACGUUCAUCACGCCUCCGUUUCCUGGAUAUGUGUCGGGGCACAGUACUGUUAGUGCCGCAUGUUCCAAAAUUUUAGAAUUAUUUACUGGUAGUGAUUACUUCGGCGGAACAGAGACACGUAAAGCAGGUGCUCUCACGGAGCCCAACUUCGAUUGCAAGACGAUACAGAUGUACGACGGCAAGAUACCCUCAGAUACGAACUUGUCGUGUGACAUCACUCUCACUUUUCAAACCUUCAAUGAUUUUGCUCAGAUGGCUGGUAUUUCCCGUAUAAUGGGUGGUUACCACAUUCAGACGGACAAUAUUGAGGGUCUUACGUUAGGUAAUCGUGUUGCGGAUUACAUCUGGCCAAAAUUACAGGAAUACUUCAAUGGAACAGCUGGCAAUGCCUUACCAUCAUUAGCCAAACCAUUUUAUAACACGUAUUUCACUUUAUUUAUGCGUAUUAUAUUGAUUCUUUGUGGUCAAUUUAUUUAA